AUGCUGGGCCAGAAAACAGGACUCCCUCACGACCUGAACAGCCACCGCCAGCUGAACCAGUCCUACCAGGAGGCCGUGCCCCUGCGGCCCAGACCAUCCAAGGGGACGGAUGUCAGUCUGGAGGUGUUCAGCGGCUCCACGCCUGAAGUCAAGCAGAGCCGCGCCAGAGCGCAGCAGAUGCGGGAUAGGAAGGGUCGCAAAGCUGACCUCAAAGACUCCAACGGGAGAGAGGCGGAAACAAUCACCUUUAUUUCUGGUACAGCAGAGGCUCCCCCAAACCAGAGCUUCUGCUGUUCCUCUCUGUCUCAGGCCUGGAACACAUACAAGGCCGUUUUCUGUUGUAUAGUGACCUGUGGGGGCUGCUUUCAGGACUGCAGUGUCUGUAUUCCCUAUCCGGGGCCCACCGAGACCUCCACUGACGAUGGAAAGAACGGAGAUUAUAACGGACGACUGCCAAACAGCCCCGCCAACGUCUCUCCCACUGAGAAGAAUGGGAACCAGAUCAAAAAGUCCAGCAUGGGCAGCAGUUUCAGUUACCCAGAUGUGAAACUGAAGGAGCUGCUGCAAGAGAAGCCCUUCAGGAACAGCAUAGAAAAGCCGCCGCUCCCCAGCAGCCACCGGAGCUCGGAGGAGUAUUACUCCUUCCAUGAGUCUGACUUGGACAUCAGUGAGCUGAAUGGCUCCAUGUCCAGCAGGCAGAUCGAUGUCCUGAUCUUCAAGAAACUGACCGAGCUCUUCAGCGUCCACCAGAUUGACGAGCUGGCCAAGUGCACGUCGGACACCGUCUUCCUGGAGAAGACCAACAAGAUCUCGGACCUCAUCAAUAGCAUAACUCAGGACUACAACCUGGAUGAGCAGGAUGCUGAAUGCAGGCUGGUCCGAGGCAUCAUACGCAUCAGCACCCGGAAAAGCAGGGUCCGGCCCCAUAUUUCUGUUCCAGCCAGCCAGAGCCAUGAGGAGAAGUCCAGCAGAGGCAACGCACCAGACAGUGGGAACGAAACGAUGCUGGAGUCCAUGGUCAUCAGCCAAGACGAUCUGGCCGUGCAAAUAUCGGAAGAAACCCCAGCAGAUGUGAUAGCCAGGAACAUGAGGCGGCACAGCAGCGCAGGCUCUCCAACAAGCAGAGAUUCCUCUUUCCAAGACACAGAGACUGACUCAUCUGGGGCACCUCUGCUUCAGGUGUAUUGUUAAGGAAAAGGACCCAAGCAGCAGGCAGGCAUUUCGAGGCUUUACUGCAAUCAGAUUUCUCCUCUUUCAAUAUGGAGUGUGCUGUGCCAUUUUUUUUUUCCCCCCAGUCUACCCUGAUCCUCUGUUGAAGCCAAUUUUCUCCUGCUGUCUGAAUUUCACUGGAUACUUUUUUUUUUUUUGGACAAUAUAGAACAUUACAGAAGUGAACUGGGAGGCUAAUGAACUUGGGAGGUGGAAUGUAUGCCCAGGGAGGAGAAGAUGGACAAGGAAGUA